CAAAUAUGUGAUCAAUCUCUGCUGCAUAGUCGAUCGUCACAGCGUGGCGUCGGCGACCGCCUCUGGGGGGCAGAACACGGUACUGGAGUUUCUGCAGGGUCGUGGUGUAGACAUUACCGGCCACCAUCUAUGGCCAUCGCCCAUACUCGCGGCAGUCAACCACGGCCACUACGAAACUGUCAGCUACCUGCUGACCAAGGGAGCUCCCACCAAAAUCGACGGGGAAUUUCUCGCCGUACAUGCCAUCUGGAGAGGGCGCCUGAGUGUGCUCCGGCUCCUGAGCCAGCACUCGGUACUGCCGACGACCAACUCCAUUGGCAUGUUGAGUAUCGGGUUCGCCGUGGAAUUGCGUGACAGGAAUCGAGGGAGAGAGAUUGUGGAGUUCCUCGUCAAGGAAGCCAAGCUGGACAUCAAUGCCCUGGGCAUCAAUGGGACGGCACUGCACUUGGCAAUCAGAUCCGGAGACGUGGAGACGGUAUCGCUGCUGAUCAGCCUGGGCGCCGAUAUACAUGCCACAGACCUCCUCGGCCAGGAUGCCUUUGAGCACGCCAUUGCUCACAGUGGAGCCGUCGCCGAGUGGAUGGCGGAGCAGUAUGGGGACCACAUCUCGGAGCUCCUCGUCGCAAAGAGACAGAUGGUCACACGCAUAAUCGACUCAUCCGCCACCCUCAGAGUGCGACAGCUGGCUGCUUGGAUCAGCCUCGGCUCCUGCGAGGUCACGCCGCAGCAGAAGGAGGAGGUUCUACGUGCAUGGACGACCCAGCAGAUGGACGACAAGCUGUGCGAAAUCUGGAUGCACAACUUCUCCCUGGCCGCGCUGCAGUGGUUUGUUGCCCACUUCCAGAACAAAGGCAUCAAAAGGUAUAUUGAUGAUGCAGCGGCAGUGUCUUCAGACCUCGCGCGGGCUAUAGAACGUGGGUCCGGCGCCAGGGUGGGUCACUACACUCCCGUAGACAAACCCAUCGACGGUGAACUGCGGACGGCGGCUCGGUAUGUUGCCGACGUCCUGCAGCCCCUCGAUUGGUGCAUUCGCAGGAAAUUCGUGGUCGAGCUGUGCCGCAAAUUGCCUCACGACGAGUUGUGCACACUUGGCUCGGCUCUCGCCACUCCUGACGCUCAACCUUUUUUGAUGGGACACAAGCCACGUUGGAGGAACACGGCUUAUUCCGUUCUUUGCCGAGAAGCAGAGUUGGAGCUUUAUUGGCAAAGCUUAGCAUACACUGCUCAAUAGGCGAUAUCCAGGUGC